AGAUGCGACGCAUCCGAAACCCACCCCACAAAAUGUUUCAGAAGAGGAAAAGUCGACAACUUUCCGCCCCAUAUCUCCAGCGUUUAAUGGCCCUGGUUCGAACGUAACCAUUCCAAAAAUUAUUGUUACACAGUCUCCAACAAAGGAACCUGCACCGGAAAGUGAUCAGUUGUCAGUAUCGCAGAAUAUCCAAGCAUCACGAGCAAAGUAUCCUGGAUAUCACAAACCGAAACUGUUCAUUCCUUAUUAUAGCAAGAGUUUGGAAAUUCCUCGGGAAAUGCCACAAUGGGACUCCGUAAACAUAUUCACAAGUAAAGUUUAUCCACAGCAAUCACCUACAAUGUUCCACAGUGAGCUACACCAACGGGACUUGUCAAUAACCAAUGAGAAGAGCCCAAAAUACACCACGGAGAGAGAUAGAAGUCUUAGCACAAAAUACACCACGGAGAGAGAUGGAAGUCUUAGCCCAAAAUAUACCACGGAGAGAGAUAGAGGUCUUAGCACAAAAUACACCACGGAGAGAGAUAGAAUUCUUAGCCCAAAAUACACCACGGAGAGAGAUAGCAGUCUUGUAUCGGAAAGAAAUAGAAGUCCCACACCGGAACAAAGAGCUGUUUUAGAAACCAAAACUUCCCCCGACUCCAUUCAAGACAGGAUUGGACGAUUCGGUGCUGAGCUAGAGAACGAGUGGGAGAACAUGCAUCCAAGGAUCACCGACAUUCAUCAAAGAAGGGUCAGGAGAAAUUCUGAUGCGGUAGUUCCACAGCGAGAUAUUUCUCCAGAAAGGUAUUGGCGGUAUACUGGAGUCAGUUCAGGGCGAGAUGUAAUUGGUGAACCUGUGGCUACUUCAACACCGAAAAUCCGCGGAGAUGUGUGGGAACCGUUGGCCACGUCGACCCCGAAAUCCCAUUACGAAAGAUUGCUAGACAGUAUCAUAAAGAAAGUAAGUCGCCCCAUUGAUCUGUUAACUGGAGUUGAUCCCACGAUGACAAGAGACCGCUGGCUUAAUGUUGUUAUGAUAUCAAAGAACAAGAGACUUGUUGGAGAAAUCACCUUCCAGAUGGAUAGAAGGAUUAUAGAAUAUAUUUUCGCUGGAUAUACAACUCAUAAAUGUCUGAAGAAAAGGCGCUAUUAUGGUUUUAACAUCGCCAACAUUGGUGACCUUAUCCAAAGAGAGACUGCUACAUUUCUACCAGAUGGUUCACAGGAUCCCCGGAAAGAGUUAAACAUUCGCAAACGAUUUGAAAAUGUGGUGAGGACUUUAGCCAAGCUGGGAUACCACCUAGAUAAACAUGAGGAAUUUUUACAAGAUAUAGUCAAUAAGUAUGGACUUCUUAGUGAUCCGCCAAGUAGGAAAAUGGUAAUGGAGUUAGGAUUAAAUGAUCCAAUGGUUUUAAGAGAGGUGUUUUCUCAAUUGAUACAAGACGAGAAAGAACUUCGUAACGUCUUGCUGCUACUUGACUGUCUGUGUUUGUUGGCGUAUGAAGACGGGCGGCCUCUCUUUUUGUGGUAGUGCUACAUGUAUGCCUUUUGUAAAUCAUUUCUGUCGUAAUUGUACAUAUGUAUA